CUGCCUUGCUGGGCACUCUCUUCAAAUAAGAAGGACAGUAAGUCCCUGCGUCACUUGCUGUCGACAAUCUCUUGAGGAUAGAGGUGUCGAGUGGCCGCGGCGCAGAACCAGACAAGAAGUGGAGCUUCUGCUCCAUCCUCGACAGGGAAAAUGUGUUCAUCUCAACGUAAAGUUUCAUUUGGAGAAGAUAACAGCAAAGAAAUUAAAGAAUCAAAAGUACUGUUAUCUGAAGAAGUAGAGAUUUCCGGUGGAAGACUUUCCGCUUUCAGAGAAAUUCGAGCCGCAUUUGUGGCAAAUUCGGCUGUCAUUCACCCUGGAAUGAUGUUUUCCUUCUCAGCAAUGGCCCUGCCUGAGAUGAUGGCAGAGGACUCGGUCAUAAAAAUUUCAACAGAACAGGCCUCAUGGAUUGCGAGCAUUGCUUCGUUCGCCACUCCAGCCGGAUGCCUGUUCGGCGCGUACAUAAUGGAUCGUUACGGACGCAAAUUUGCACUUGUUCUUCUUGCCAUUCCGUGCAUUCUGGGCUGGUUGUCGGUGGGGACGGCGGGACUCGUUGCCCCGCACGUGUCUAACGAUUUCGCGCUGAACAUAAUUUACUGUGGCAGAAUGCUGAAGGGAUUUGGCACUGGCAUUGUGGCUGGAGCGUCGAGGGUUUACACGAGCGAGAUCUCGACACCUCGUCGGCGGGGAACGCUCACUUCGCUCGCCUCGCUGGGCGUCUCGACAGGGGUGCUCAUCGGCUAUUCCUUGGGCGCCUUGUUUUACUGGCCGGUCGUCGCGAUUCUCUCCGCCCUGGUGCCACUGACCUCAGUUAUUUUGUCACUCGUCUACCUACCCGAGACGCCCACGUGGUAUCUCACGCAGAAACGCAACCAAGAAGCGCGUGUCGCCCUGCAGGCAGUCAGGGACCCUCAGUAUCCAUCAAAGCUACUCGACCACGAACUUGAUCACCUGGGUGGCGUCUUGGAAAUUGACAGCAAAUCAAACAAGUUAAAGGAAUUAUUAAAAGGCUCCUCUUUGAAACCCUUAGCGAUGGUCGUAUUUUACUUUUUCACUUACCAAUUUUCAGGUAUUAGUGUUCUCACUUUCUACAACGUUCAGAUUGUGGAGAUGACUGGAGCUAAGGUGGACACAAGCAAAAUGGCCGUUGGAUUUGCAAUCUUGCGGUUGUUUUUCAACGUCAUCGGAUGCUACCUUUUGACUUUUUGCAACCGUCGCACCCUGACCAUCGCUUCCGGAGUGACCUCCGGCCUUGCCAUGAUCUGCCUUGCCACCCACAACUAUCUCCACACCCAGGGAAUAGUGAUCUCCGAUUCAUUAAUGUGGAAUUACCUGCCCAUCCUGUGCAUUGUCUCCUUUUACAUUACCUACUCUUUGGGCUACCUUUUGAUUGCGUGGGUGCUCACCGGGGAAAUUUACCCGGCCAAAAUUCGCGGCCUCCUCGGUGGAAUUACGAGUUGUUUUGCGCAUUCCUUUUUAUUCGCCGCGGUAAAAUCGUUCCCCUAUCUGAUGGAGAAUGUGGGUUUUCAUGGCUCGUUCUGGUUUUAUGGAUGCACCGUGGCCUUCGGCUCGAUCAUUCUGUUCAUAAUACUGCCCGAAACACGCGGCAGAACUUUGCUGCAGAUCGAGAGCAGCUUCAAGAAAAAAAGGAAUCCCACUCUGAAUUUGAGACGCUUGUUUUUUCACCGCCUCAAAUCGGAAUAUAACAAAAUGCAAUCCGAAACGAUGCUUGAUUCAGAUCAUGGAAAAUAUGGGGGCCAUGCGAAAUUUCUAUCAAAGAAAAGGAAUGAAAAUUUAAGAGAAAGUCGAUCUUAUUCUGCGUUCAAUGAGAUCAGAGCCGCUAUUGUUGCAAAUUUAGCAGUUAUUCACCUUGGAUUGAUGUUUUCAUUUUCUGCUAUGACUCUGCCGGAAAUGAUGGCGGAAGAUUCGGAAAUUCCCAUAACUACAGAACAAGCUUCUUGGAUUGCGAGCAUUGCGUCACUCGCAACACCGCCAGGCUGCUUAUUCGGGGCCUACAUAAUGGAUCACUACGGACGCAAAUUCGCACUUGUUUUUCUUUCGAUCCCGUGCAUACUUGGCUGGCUGUCGGUUGGGGCGGCGGGACUUCUCACCUCCUACGUGUCUAGCGAGCUCGCGUUGAGCAUAAUUUAUUGCGGCAGAGUGUUGCAGGGAUUCGGCACCGGCAUUGCGGCUGGCAGUGCCAGAAUUUACACGAGCGAAAUAUCAACACCCCGCAAAAGAGGCGCAUUGACCUCUCUGGCGUCGUUGGCAAUUUCAAUUGGGGUCCUCCUUGGCUACUCACUAGGAGCCCUUUUCUACUGGCCAGUCGUAGCGAUUCUAUCAUCCCUGGUUCCCCUCACCGCUGUCAUUCUGUCUCUGAUUUACCUGCCCGAAACGCCUACUUGGUAUCUGACAAACAAACGUGAAAUCGAGGCUCGCGUCGCUUUGCAAGCUGUGAGGGACCCGAAAUGUCCUAAAGCAAUUAUCAACGAGGAAUUGGAACAUUUGGGUGGCGUUUCCGAUGACGGCAGAAGAACGAGCAAGUGGAGUGAGUUGAAAAAGGGUUCCUCACUUAAGCCGUUGGCCUUGGUCACCUUUUAUUUCUACACCUAUCAAUUCUCAGGAAUAAGUGUUUUGACUUUUUACAACGUGCAAAUCGUCGAGAGCACUGGUGCUCAGGUGGACACCAGCCAGACAGCCGUCAGCUUUGCCGUUCUAAGGCUGUUUUUCAACGUCAUCGGUUGCUACUUAAUGACGAUUUGCAACCGUCGCACCCUGACCAUCGCGUCCGGAGUGGCCUCCGGCAUCGCCAUGCUCAGCUUGGCCACCCACAACUAUCUCCACACCCAGGGUGUUGUGACCUCCGAGUCAAUGAUUUGGCAAUACCUGCCCAUAAUUUGCAUUGUCUCCUUUUACAUUGCCUACUCUUUGGGCUACCUUUUGAUUCCGUGGGUGCUCACAGGUGAACUUUAUCCGGCCAAAAUUCGCGGUUUGCUCGGCGGAAUCACCGUUUGCUUUGCACAUUCUCUUUUAUUCGCUGCGGUGAAAUCGUUUCCCUAUCUGUUGGAGAAUUUAGGCUUCUAUGGCUCGUUCUGGUUUUAUGGAUGUAACGUAACGAUCGGCUCGAUCAUUCUGUUCAUAAUACUGCCGGAAACUCGCGGCAGAACGCUGCUGCAAAUCGAGAGCGGCUUCAAAAGUAAAAGGAGGGCCCGGAAUUGAAUUAAAAAUUUAAUUAAAAUAGUUGUAUUAUUCAAAUAAAAAAAUAUAAUAAGCAGAGUAAGAAAUGUUGUUAAUUUUUUUCGUAGAGUUGUGUCGUGUUAAUUGUUAAGUGUAUUCCAGUUUCAGUUUUAAUUUUUCAAAAGAAAUCUUCACGCAGAUCCAGAAA